CUCUGGUAGUAAGACUUUGUGAGCCAGUUUUCAUCUCUUACUGAUCUUGUGUUUUUAUGAAUUGACAAGAAAACAAUGAGAGAGGCUGCCUAGGAGAGGAAGGGGAUUGCUCCAAGAACUCUGCAGGCCUUGCAAGACCCUACCUGCACUUGUCACAUUGGCCAGGCUGGAUUCUGGGAGAGCAGUGAUAGAAGUUUCUCACCUUUGGAGGAAAUGGCCUGCUACCAGUCACUUGACCAAACAUGUCAUGUGAAUUAUGAAAAAGCAGAAGGGCUCUGGAAGGACAGAGAAGGUGCCUCCCCCACAGAAGCACGGCUGCUGAGGAUCCUCCUGGUGGGCAGAACAGGCAGCGGGAAAAGCGCCACAGGAAACAGCAUCCUCUGCCGGCCAGCCUUUGAGUCCAGGCUGGCCGCCCAGUCGGUGACCAGGGCCUGCCAGGGGGAGAGGGGCACGUGGAAUGGGAGGGACAUCCUGGUGGUCGACACGCCCUCCAUCUUUGAGGCAGAGGCCCACUCGCAGGAGAUGUACAAGGACAUCGCGGACUGCUACCUGCUGUCUGCCCCAGGGCCCCACGUGCUGCUCCUGGUCACCCAGCUGGGGCGCUUCACGGCCCAGGACGCGGUGGCAGUGAGGAGGGUGAAGGAGGUGUUUGGGACCCAGGCCAUGAGGCACACGAUCGUGCUCUUCACCCACCGGGAAGACUUGGGCGACGAGUCCCUGGACCAUUACGUGGUCAACACGGACAACCUCGGCCUGCGCCGGCUGCUGGCGGAGUGCGGCCGGAGGUACUGCGCCUUCAACAACCGCGCGGCGGGCGAGCAGCAGCGCGCGCAGCUGGCCGAGCUCAUGGCGGUGGUGGAGCAGCUGGAGCGCGAGCGCUCCUACCAGGGCGACCACCUCUUCCUCCCCGGGCCGCGGCUGCAGCCAGGCGGGGGCGCCGGCGGCCCGGAAGCCUAUGCGCACUACGUGGCCGAGGUGAGGGCGCAGGUGGACAGGCAGAAGCAGGCGCUGAGGAAGGAGGAGAGGAACUGCAAGGUCAAGGCGAUCCGCAGAGCCGAAAACUGCACGAUUCCUCGCUAUGUAAUAUCUGCCCUUUUGAUUUUAUGCGGUGUGCUUACUCUUGUCAUUUUAAUGACCUUUUAUAUUAAGCGCGGGAACUGAACAUUUUCAAGUGAUUGCCCCCAGAGCCACCAUCAAGGUGUGGCAUUUUCUUGCAUAUGGUAAUUAAUGUUGGAGAACAGACAGCUGCAAAUGGUGGGAACAGGAAAUUAACAGAAUAAUUCUGUUAAAUGGGCCCACUGUGCUGCCCCCGGCCCCCACCACAUGCUUUUCCAAGAAGCAAUUUACCUGAAGCUCUGCCUGGCCUAAGUAGACAGGCUGUGUCACAUUUCUCAGCAAACUACCUGCCAUCUGCGGAGAAAUGCAGGUGAUAAACCUAGCCUAAUUCCCUCUUAAGAUCAGGAGCCAUCUUGUCCCAAUUUAUAAAGGAUUUAUUUCUGUUUUCUGUAAAACAGAAUUUCUGUAAAAUAGGAUUUCUGCAUAGCCUGGCCAUAAUUUGAUGUUGUAAAGCUGCUGGGAAUGCCUGCCUGUGCCUUGAACUCACCCAUUUAGGAGGCACCACUAAAGUGGUGCCUCCAAUCUUGGCCUUCUCUGGCCAGAUAAUGACCCUCUCUGAGGCUCUAAUGACCUUCAUAAAUUCUGAUGGCUGUCGGGCCAGCAAAAUAUGAACUAGCUUUUGUGUUACGCUUGUCAAAAUUUUGUUAUCUGUAAGUUCUCAAACCCCCUUUGUGUAACUUUCUGUGCUAUAAAGCUGUACUCUUGGAGAGCUGGGGGGUUGUCUGUGGUUCCAUGGUUUUAGGGAGAGACAGCCUGGCUGGUCAAAAUAAUAAGCUUGCUUUCACUUGAUUUUAA